AUGGAAGAGGAGGAGGAUGACAGGGCAACAAACCCACAACCAGGUGGAGGUACAGGUGCAGAGGAGCCGCCAGUGGAUGACGGAGAGCCGGGAAGUGAUGGAGAAGAAGUGCAGGCUGACGGGUCGACCCCAGAUUUGCUGGAGGAGGUGGAAGAAGCUGAAACUCAGGCUGAUCUGCCUGAUGACACCGAGCAGCUUGAAGAGUCUCAGACAGCAGAAAAUGUGGUGAACUCAAUAGAAACUGCUGAAACUCAGGCUGAUCUCCCCGAUGAUACGAAGCAGCUCAAUGAAAAUGUUGGAAACUCGACAGCUACAGUGAAGGUGGUGCUGGUGCCGGAGGGUCAUGUUAUGACGGUGGCGUUCGCCAUCGGUCUCAGCAUUCAGGAGCUGAAGUUUCACCUCGCCGCGGAGCUCAGAGUUCCUGCGGAGGUGCUGCAGAUCUCUCUGGACGGCAGGGUGGUGGAGGAGAGGCAGAGCCUGAUGGAGCUUGGCGUCCGGCCUCACAGCUCCACCCGGCUGGAGAUGAGCUCCACCGACCCGACUGCCCACCCACUCCGCCCCCUCCGUCCCCCAGAGCACGACGACAUGCCGGACGUCAUCACUGUCCGAGUCCAAACAGAUGACGGAGUGUUCCAGGAGGUGGUGGUGGAGAUCGAGCGGCCCCGCCAGCAGAAGGCCUUCAGGGGCGGCUACAGACACCGGCUGACGGGGGUGGAGUACCACCACGCUGCCGUCCAGACCUGGCCCAAGAGGAGACCUGACAGAGGAGUGGUCGUCGUCAGCCGUGACACGCAGACUGUCGAGCUGAAGUCUCAGACCCAGCAGUGUCCGGUCAACGUCUCCACCCAGAUGACCGGGAUCGGCUGCUACGUCUCCUGUAUGAACGACAGGCUGGUCGCCCCCGGCAACUACAUCACUGCUGAGGAGUACCACAACAGGAGGCUGAGAGCUGUGAUUUGUCUGCAGUCGUUUGCACGGCGCUGGCUCGCCCAGCAGGCGGUGGACCACCUGAGGAGGGAGCGGGACCGGCGGCUGGCGUGGCUGGAGCUGCAGGAGAGGAGGAGGAGGGAGGAGAAGGAGGAGCAGCUGAGAGACCGUCGCCAACGCUGGCUGAGCCCGCAGAGGAGGGAAGACUUCAAUCUGCUGUACCACGCCCUGGAGAAGUGGAGGUGUGAAGAGGAGCAGCAGAUCAAUUCGUCCAUGCGAGGAGCUGAGAGGAAAGCCGCGCUCUGUUUGCUGCUGCAGCAGGAGACUAAGCUCAUCGCCGCCAUCGGACGCCAUCGCAUCGCCGUCCAGAACAACAACUAUGACAAAACCAUCAGGAACUUCCUCGACAAGUCUGCGGCUCCUCAUCGGUGGCGAGCGGCAGACGGUCGACUGCUGGAGAUGGACAGUCAACACACUGUCAGAGCCAGAGAGCUGCGAGACCUGUACAACGACGUCAGCCUGCCCGAUGUCGGCCAGGAGCAGAGACUGGACAUCCUGAUGACACUCAAACACACCGUCAUGGAGCAUGAGUGUCAGCUGACCCGGGACAUCGUGGAUUUGAUUGACAGGGAAGUGGACCUGAUGAUGAGGGGGGUCAAGGCAGCCAGUCUGGAGGGGCUGAGGAAGAGGAUCUCCACUCUGCUCCUGCAGUACAUCAAAACACCAGCGUUUAACCCUGAGGUGGCCAAGCUGCUGAAGGUUCCCCAGAAUUCUUCCCAGCUGAAGAACGACAUGUUCCUGUGCCGCAGCUGUCAUCGUUACCUGCGCUCCGCCAACUUCAGCCCGGCCGCCAGCGCCCGUGUGAGCGGUCAGUGUCGGGACUGCGUCAGACUCGACAACAUAGCUAGAUCCCGCGAUGACUUCACCUGCUACAAAAACAUCCUGAGCAGGCUGAGAGCCGACGAGCAGCGGCUCAAUGAGGACGCCAAGAUCCCCUUCCUGCUGCAGGCGCAGGACGUGCGGUACCUGGUGGAGGUAGUCUGGGCGUCCCGUUCAGCCUUCCAGGCCAGCAGCGACCUGUACAACCUGGUGUUUGUCCGCUGGGAGCAUAAGAGGGACUGGAGCCCCUGGAACUGCAUCCUCCUGUCCAAAGAAGAGACGUCAGCUCACCUGGAGGUGCAAGACGUCCACAAGGCAUACGAGGCGACAUUCAUCUGCAGGAUCGAACACAAACACAUGCUGGCUCGACGCCACUUCAGCCAGAUCCCCGUCAUGGCCGAGUACCUGGACUCUCAGCCGACUGCUACCCUGGGCAACCAGCUCGUCUCCAAGCCCAUCACCAUGACAGUUAAGCACGCCACCGACUCCACGUCGGACUCAGCUCGUUAGCUCGUGA